AUGUCGCAACCAUGUGCUAUUAAAAAUUGCAAACGUGCAUCCCGAACUUUGUGCCAUUGUUGUAAUCAAAAUCUUUGUCGAGAUCAUUUUAAUGAGCACGACGAUCUUCUCAAUUCGAAAUUGGUUCCUCUAGCUGAUGAAGUCAACACAUUAAAUGAUCGAAUAUCAGCGAUCAAUCUUGACGACAUGAUGGAUGAAUGUCGGCAAGAACUAGACCAGUGGCGUCGUAAUUGUUAUAAAACUAUUGAUGAUCUAUAUCAACAAAAAUGUCGAGAACUCCAGGAAUAUGUUAGUACUAAGAUCGAUAGUCAACAACAAAGUGUCACUGCUCUACGCACACGAGUGGCUGAACUGAUCGAUAAACAGGAGACAACAAAGAAAGAUAUUGCUGACGUAACAUCGACAAUUCAUAAUCUUGCGCAAAGUAUCGAAUCAAUUGAACAAAACAUUGCACAAGUUGAUACCACAUCAUUAAAAUUAGAUGAUACGAUGAUACGAAUUGGAGAGGUAAAGACACAAAGUUGUGUUUUGUUAAAACUUUCCACUCCAAGCCAUACGAUUGGACGCAGUGGAGCAGCAUGGAACGCAGUUGCCGCUAAUGACCAAUUUUUAUUGCUGCACAUGAAUUCCAAACUAUGUUUAGUUGAUGAUACUUACUCUAUUGUGAAAUGUGCAAAUUGGGAGUAUGGCUUAAUACUAGGUAUGUGCUGGUCGUCAUCAGUUAAUUGUUUUAUCGUGCUCACUAAGCAAAAAAUAUUUCUUUUCAAUGAAAACACAGCGGCCAUUAACGAAAUUCAUAACAUACAAAACGGCAACUGGCAUGCAUGUGGCUGUUCUGAUCAUUCGUUGUAUUUAUCACAAUCUGACUCGAAUUCAUCUGUUUUCCAAUUUUCCUUACCCUCAACUCAUUUGGCAAGGCGCUUGGUGACAAAUCAAAAUGAAAAUCGCGAACAAAUAGAUAGCAUUACAUGCAACCGAGGAACAAUUCUUUUGGCGUUGAAUAACAUUAGUAUAAAAGCGAAAACAAUUCAACUCCGAUCAGACAAUACCUUUAACAUAUUAUGGUCGUUUCAGCUAGACGUUACUUAUAACAGCAAUCGUACUCGCUGCUGUUCAUUGAGUCAAAAUCAGUGGCUCGUUACUGAUUGGUAUACAUCACGUAUUUUCCAUUUAACACAGAAUGGACUACUAAAAGCAACAUGUACUUACAGCUCGAGAACGUAUGACAUCAUUUUGUUCCACUCGAACAUUCUAACCAUUCUUACAGAUGGUCGUAUUGACUUUCACAGAAUAUAA